AUGUUGCUACAGUCCAUGCGCUUGAUCCGCAGGCUAUAUCGGCCAUCAAAACCCUCUCCGUGCGUCUUAACUGGCCGUCACGUCUCGAUUGACUUCCUUCCGGAUGAAAUCCUGGAGGCCAUUUUCCUCUUUGGAUGUGAUGAGAGUCGUUGCAACGUGUGCAACCAGGAGCCCACAGAGGACGUGCCUAGACUCCGACGGUAUCUGGAAAGGUCUCGUACCCGCCCUAUUGACUUGUCUAUUGCUCUACCUGUGGCUGCUCGUGCGAUCUCCCUGGACUCGUUGUCCGAUGUUAUGGACAAACUCCUGCUUCAUCUGCUUCGAUGGCGCGAAUUGCACGUCGAGUCUCCAUUUGAGGACGUCAUCAGGCUGAUCUUGACGAAGUUGGCACAGCCUGCUCUGUUUGCUGUGGCUUUGGAGGUCCUCGAUGUUAGGCGCCCUAUCGCAAAGAUGCUCGUCCCUGGCAGCCAGCCUCUACCCGCAUUGCGCUCGUUCGCUGUCGCGAGUGCAGCGUGGACGCUGUCCGAUCUUGGACCCCUCGCGCUCUCUUCACCUCUGUUGACACACCUAUCUAUCCGGUCCAGCUACGCGUUUGUGGCACAUGCUCCGCUUCACUUUCCUGCUCUCAAGACGUUACAGGUCGGCGAUUGCUAUCAAAACGACACGAUCCUCCGACAGCUGCACGCGCCCAACCUCGAGGAGCUCCACAUCGAAGAAAUGGAAAUCAUCCGUGACGAGACCGCUGGACGGUACGUGGAUGCGCUGCGCGACGGCAACAGCAUGAACGGCAGGUUUCCCAAGCUGCGCUCGCUCAAGCUGCACAUUUCGGAGGAUUCCUCCCCCCUCAUACUUGGGAGGCGUCUCGGGCCUUUUCUGACGCUCUUUCCAAGCAUCAAGCAUCUGAUCCUCGACGGGUGUCACGUCAGCCACUUCUUAAAAGGCCUUGCCGACCUUCAUUCUGAGGUAUUCGCGGCGGAGACGCUGCUGCCCAACCUGGAACACAUCGCUCUCGGCAGCGAAUACGGGACAUACGUGAUGGAUAACGCUCACAGCGCCGAGUAUAUCCAGGAUGUGAUUACUCUCGUAAAGGCACGUCAUGCAGCGGGAGUGCCUCUUAAGAGGUUCAGCUGUUUGAUCGCGCGCCGUGCAGCGACCGCUGGGAAGCGGAGAACGUUCUUGCGGGACAAGCAUACAAUCACACUAUUCCACGGACUGGCUGUUAUUAGAGAUCGGUAG